ACGGCUGAGUAGUGAGAACGUUAGAACAUGGCGGAGAGAGGAGGGGGCGGGAGGAUGACUCUUGUGAAAACGAAGAAAUAGCGCUAUUUAAUGACGAUUUUAAAAAUAAUUACUAUUUAGACAGUUGACCACCGUUUCGGAGGAUGGACCGUGUUUAAUCGUGGGCAAAGGUUUAAGCUGAACGCAUUGUGAUUUCCAAUAAUUGAGACAGUGAUUUCUAAAAAGCUGUCUACAUUAAUGAAAAGAACAAUGUAGUCGGCUUAGCGUGCUCAAGCAACCAAGUGUUUACUGCCGUCUGGUGUGUUUUAGGUGUACCUUUUGGUCUUUGAUUUAGUUUUUAGCACUUCACUAAAGCUAGACAGAUUUCUUCUAAGCAGGUUUAGUUAUAUAAUAUAUAUAUAUAUAUAUAUAUUCUAUAUUAUAAAUUGGAUGAUGGAUGUCAGUGAGUUUGUGCCUCCUCUCCCUCUGGAGCCUCCUGACGAUGAAACGCCAGGAAGCGGUAAAUGUAAAGCUCCUCCACCACCUCCCCUGCAAACGUCCAGUGACGCCGAGGAAAUGGACGUUAGCUCCGGCGGUGAUGGACCCUCGCUCGCGCCGGCCGAGGACACCGACGUUCCGCUCCUCACCAAGGGCUCGGCGUCUUUUAGCGGUCGUGCGUUACACGCCGACUCGUGCCCGGGCACCGGGCGCCACGCUCCCCCUGUCACCUCCUUCCUCCCUGACCUUAGGCUCCUCCGAGAUGUUAAGAUCAGCGUCAGCUUCGGAGGAGAUGGCGGAGGCGGUGGCGGUGGUGGCGGUGGCGGCAGCGUCAGCAGCAAGGGCAAAGACAGAAAAGUGUUAUACACAGGGCAGGGUCAGAUAGACGAGCAGCAGCUAGAGAACGGCGAGGCGAUGGGUAGUGCAGGAGAGGGAACGGUGCAGGGAGACGCAGGCGUAGAACCCGAGGCCGAGCAGGAGAACAAGGUGGAGUUCGCUGUGCUGGACGAGCUGGAGGAUUUCAGCGAGAACUUCCUGGACGCGGAGGAUGGAGAGGAGAGCGAGUACACAUCCGAGAUGAUCGUUCAGCAGCAGCAGGCCAAUGACGAGGACCACGUAUACUCCUACGAGGACGACUUUGACAACGAUGUAGAUGCUCUGUUAGAAGAAGGCAUGCCCGUGCCCAAGAAGAUGCGCCUAGCCGAGGAUAAAUAUGCAGCAGACAGCGAUCAUCAGUCUGACACUGAGCAGGGUGUCCAGCCCAUGAUUACCAAAAUUAAGACCGUUCUCAAGAGUCGAGGACGUCCGCCUACAGAGCCUCUUCCUGACGGAUGGAUCAUGACAUUCCAUAACUCCGGCAUUCCAGUCUACCUCCACCGGGAGACCCGAGUCGUUACCUGGUCCAGACCUUACUUCCUGGGAACUGGAAGCAUCAGGAAACACGACCCUCCUACCAGUAGCAUCCCCUGUUUGCACUAUAAGAAAAUGAAGGAACAUGAAGAGCGGGAGCUGAACGGAGAGGUGACUCCUGACGUGUCUCCGGUCAAGGACGGGGCGGAGGGAGAACCCCAGGAGAGAACCGAGGAACCCGACUCCACGGCUCCGGAGGGAACGUGCGACGAGUCCAACCCGGACACGACGGACAACCGGCCUGAGGAGAAAGACGGCCAGGGGGGUGAGACGGCACAGGGAGCGCUGGGGCAGGUCAAAGCCAAGGUGGAGGUGUGCAAGGACGAGUCUGUCGACAUCGAGGAGUUUCGCAGCUACCUAGAGAAGUGCUUCGACUUCGAGCAGGUGACGGUGAAGAAGUUCCGCACGUGGGCGGAGCGAAGGCAGUUCAACAGGGACUUGAAGAGGAAGCAGGCGGAGUCGGAGAGGCCCAUCCUCCCGGCCAAUCAGAAGCUCAUCACGCUUUCGGUGCAGGACGCGCCCACUAAGAAAGAGUUCGUCAUCAACCCUAACGGAAAGUCCGAGGUUUGCAUCCUGCACGAAUAUAUGCAACGUGUGCUCAAGGUCCGACCAGUUUACAACUUUUUUGAAUGUGAAAACCCAAGUGAACCCUUCGGAGCUUCUGUUAUUAUAGACGGAGUCACGUACGGCACGGGAACGGCGAGUAGCAAAAAACUCGCCAAGAAUAAAGCUGCUCGAGCCACGCUGGAGAUCCUCAUCCCGGACUUCGUGAAGCAGACGGCUGAGGAGAAGCCGGUAGAAGGAGACGAACUGGAGUAUUUUAACCAUAUCAGUAUUGAAGACUCGCGAGUCUACGAACUGACCAACAAAGCAGGUUUGCUGUCACCUUACCAGAUCCUUCACGAGUGCCUUAAGAGAAAUCAUGGGAUGGGGGACACCAGUAUCAAGUUUGAGGUCAUCCCGGGGAAGAACCAGAAGAGCGAAUACGUGAUGACGUGCGGAAAACACAGCGUACGCGGGUGGUGUAAGAACAAGAGAGUGGGUAAACAGCUGGCGUCUCAGAAGAUCCUCCAGAUGUUGCACCCUCACGUGAAGAACUGGGGCUCUCUCCUGCGCAUGUACGGCCGAGAGAACAACAAGAUGGUGAAAAAGGAAAACUCAGACAAGAGUGUGAUCGAACUGCAGCAGUACGCCAAAAAGAACAAGCCCAACCUCCACAUUCUGAACAAACUCCAAGAGGAGAUGAGGAAACUGGCUCGAGAGAGGGAGGAGACGCGAAAGAAGCCCAAAAUGACGGUGGUGGAGUCGGCGCAGCCCGGCAGCGAGCCUCUGUGCACCGUCGACGUCUAGAGGAAACCCUCAGCGCCCUGCUCACUCACACUGAAGAUAUUAUAUAUAUAUAAAAAGGCACUGAAGGUCACGUCAUCAUCGUUACACGGAAAUAAAUAAACGACAGAUUAUGCAGUUCGAGCGCAAAGGUGAAACCAGCUCCGAUUUCCCACAGACACGAGGGUUCCGUUUGCCUGAAUGUGAAGGUGUGUGUGUGUGUGUGUGUGUGUGUGUGUGUGUGUGUGUGUGGAAGUUAAUUUAAUCCGAUGCACUACCGGGUGACGAGGUGAAACGUCGCCGUACACGACCCGACCCGUUCUUUAUACAAAACCCGCCGUCACUUAUUUCCCGUGAAUGAAGUACGUACUCGCGUGAUGUCUGGAUGCUUUGCGGUUGUGGAUUUUAAACAAUGUGGCUGCUUUUAAAAAAAUAUAUAUAUAUAUAUAUAUAUACAAAUAUAUAUAUAUAUAUAUAUAUAUAUAUAUAUAUAGAUGAUUGAUUUAAUAAAGGUUUUCAUGUUGGACAUUUCAUUCCAUAUUCACUGUUAUGGAUUUGGGUAAAAAUCUAGAUUUCUGUAGAGUUUUUUUUUUUAUUUUAUUUUAUUUUUUAAGGGAGUUGCGAGUCCGUGGCGUGUGAUCAGAUUCCGUGUUCAGUUUGCACGUUGGCGAAUUGUAUCUUGAAUUUGAGCAGCACACAAGUUUGAAUUAGCUGGGGGAGGGAAGGGGGACAAUUUAAAAAAAAAAAAUAAAAAACAACCUCAAUGAAUGAAUUUUUAAGAUUAAAUUUAACUAGCAGUCUCGGACCUGCCGCCCUUCGUGUCGUGCGUCGUUCCCCGGACUUCAUCUCCAUUAAAAUGUCAGAUUUUUAUCGAACUGAUUUGGAGAUCUGAAUCUAGAAUGAUUGAUGGUUCUGUAAGUGUUCUGCGUAAGUCCCGCCCCUUCGUCAUCUCGCUUCCGUACCCGUUUACAGUUGCACGGCAUUUAAAAACGGAAAUCCGCGAGCAGAGGGAAUAAAAAUCCGUACCGCGCGAGCCUACCCGUCGUGUAAGACUUCCGAUUUUUUUUUUUUUUUUUUUUUUUUUUAAUUGUCCUCCAGAAAGCCCCGCCCCCUUCUCCGCAUCUCGCGUCGGAUUAGAUCACGUUCGAAGGAGAGCUCCUUAACGUGAGAGUCCGUCAGCUAACGUUAAAGUAUUUGUGAGCAGUUCGCAUUAAGGAGGUCACUGAAUGUUAGAAACGGUCAAAUUUGGCUUUUUUUUUUCAGCUAAAAAAAAACAAAACUGUCAAACUGGACCAAAAUCGGCUUACGACGAAGUCUCGAGGUUUGCAUGCACACUUUUUUUUUUUCUCUUUUUUUUAAAUCAAUUGCUGUACACAUCUUUUUCAUAAUAUAGGAAGAAAAAGCUCUGCAGUGCGUUUCGAAAAUGAAACGCCGUCCUAGUCUUCCCGAAAGCUCCGUUUUGCGUACAAGCCUUCUGGGAUUUUUCCGACACUGGAGCCGUGAGUACUAGCGUUGAGACUCGGACCAUGACGACAAUCACGACGACAGCGGAACGUUUUAGUUUUACAGUUCGACCUGAGGGACAGGGACGGCGGGGCUCCUGUAACACACGUCCUACUGCAGUGCAGAAUCAGUCAUCGCCCACUGGUGCUUGUUCCGAAAUAAAACCGCCUUCCGAGUCGAUCUGAAAUCCUCACUCGGUUCUGGGUUGGCAGGUCCGAAACCCGAGACGCGCAAAUGUUGUUUCCCCAUCUUGGGAAAUGCAGGAUUAUACAUAUCAGCGAGCAUGCUGGGGGGGGAACUGCUGCUGGAGCGGGAUUCUUGCUUUCCUUUCAGCCUUUACCACUGCAGAGAAACUACAAGCACAAGGGCUUGGAGCAUUAAACACUUCUCUGGCAGAGGAACUGUUACAGAAUAAAUAAACGAAUACGUUAAAAAAGAUUGAGAGAUGUUUGUUAUACUCGGCGCUCACGUUCUGUGCCAUUUCUCAUGUAGCAAACUCAGUGGCGCUACCUAGUGGUGUGUGUGCUGUGGCGUGAGAAUAUAAUACUGCUGUUUCCAGCAUGAGCUUUUUUUUAUUUUUAGUUCAACGACUAGAAUGUAAAGUGUGUGUGUGGGGUGUGUGUGUGUGUGUGUUGGGGAUCGUGACUGUAUACAUUUGAUUAUUUCAGACACAAAAAGACGAAACGAUAUCACGUGACGAUAACGUGUAGAGAACGUACGAACCAAAGCUUAACGUCUUAUGCAUUUUUAUAGUCUGUAGGUUGCUUCAGGAUAUUUUCAUCAGUGUGUUUCUUGCGUGUACGUAGACGGGGAGGGAAAAAAACGAAACACCGAGGACGCAAUAAACUGCUGGAACAACAGUGUGUAGUGGUUUUUUUUUGUUUUUUUUUUUUGCUGUUGUUGCUUUUUCUGAAUGUUUACCGCUUCCGUGUUCGUGUACGCAACGCCGCCGCUUCGAGAACGUGCCGCUGCUUCUUCUGCAUCGCCACCGCCACCGAAUCCACACUUCACCGCCUGUCCUGUCGCUCUCCGUGUGUGUGCGUGUUUGCCGUGAAGAAAACCGCGUGCAACUUCUCAGAACACGCCCGAGCGUUACCGUGAUCUGUUUUUAUUUUUGGUUUGGAACAGCACUACCUAAAAUAAAUAAUAAAAAAAAAAACCCUGAAUUCGUCAUGUGACUUGAUAAAUCGCUGGAUCGAACGGUGAUUUCUUUAUGCAAAUGAAUAAACGUGUCAUGACUGCAA